CUUAACACGGUAGGGCAGAAGGAGAAGGAGUCCUUGACUCAAUUCUUGACCCGUUGGAGGGAUGAGGUCGACAAGGUAGAAGAGAUGGACGACAAGACGGCCAUGUCUUUGCUGAUGAAUGCCUUCCGGUCGGGUGACCUCUACACCGAAUUCUGUAGGAGGCCACCCUCCUCUUACCAAGAAGCCUACAAUACGGCAUGGGAGUAUGCCGACGCGGAGGCCUUGAAUAAGAGCAAGCGGGAAUUGGAGGAAGGAUAUACGAAGGGAGAGCAGUCCAAGAGGCCAUGGACGGAGAAGUGGUGUACCUACCACCAAUCCGACUCCCACAAUACGGAGGAUUGUCGGAAUGUCAAGGCUGUGCUCAAAGAGAUGGCCUUGAAGGGAGAGCUUGGGGAAGGUUACGCGACGGGGAAUAUGAAGGAUCUGAAAGCGAACACCUGGACCCGUCCUCAGGGAAAAGACCAGGGAAGGAGAAAAUCCGGGAAGGAUAACAACAAUCCGGAUAAAGAAUUCAUUGAGAUGAUUGUCGGUGGCCCGGAAGGCGGGACACUGCCUCCCAGCGGAAGAACUGGGCCAGGAGCUUACACGUCCGUGUUGAGGCCAUUGCAAACUCCAUUGUCAAGCUUUACUAGAGCUAGCAUAGAAGCGGAAGGUCAGAUAACCUUACCGGUUACCUUGGGGUUAGGUAACAGGACAGUGACCAAUCCAAUGAGAUUUGUUGUGGUCGACAUCAAAUGUGUGCAUAAUGCCAUUCUGGGUAGGCCUGGAAUCAACCAG